AAAAGCGUAGGCAGACCAAAACCCAACCCCAAAGGUGGGCAAGAAGAGGACGGCACCAGGCAAGCAGGCAGCAGCAGGCAGCAGCAAAGCCAUGCCGCGGUCGCCGUCGCCGGAGAGGAACCACCACCACGCGCGCCGGAGGGGAGGAGGAGGCGGGACCCACCUCGUGCCGCGCGGCCGCUCGCCGUCGCCGCCGCCGCGGCGCUCGCUGCGCCCGCGCCGCGCCGCCGCCGCAUCUUCGCGCCCGCUCGUCGACGACUUCUUCCCCUACCCCUCCUCGCCCUCGCCGUCUCCGCCGAGGCCCCAGCAGCGGAGGCCGCCGUCGCCGGAGCCGUCCAGCUCCGACUCCGACGGUGGCCGCGGCGGCGGCGGUGCUGGCGGGGCCGGCUCCUCCGCCUCAGACCGACGUCGGCGCAAGCUCAAGCUCGUCGUCAAGCUCUCCCAGCUCCCCCCGGAGCAGCAGCAGCGCCGGGUCCCACCUCCCCCUCCCUACUCGGACUCAUCGGACGGGGAUGAGCUGCCGGCUGGGGACCGCAGCGGCGGCGAGGAGCAGGUCAAGCCGCCCAAGAAGCGCCGGAUCGAGUCGCGAGACGACAGAUCUCGCAAUCGCGAGGUUUCUGGGAGGACCGACCCUGCGAGCGCGCCACGGACGAAGCGGCUCCCGGUGCCAGGGAUGGCAAGGACGACGCCGCUGCCUGACCGGAAGGCGGUGGAUAUGAUUCUCGACAAGCUGCAGAAGAAGGACACUUACGGAGUGUUUGCUGAGCCGGUGGAUCUGGACGAGUUGCCGGACUACCAUGAUGUGAUUGAGCACCCAAUGGACUUCGGCACCGUCAAGAGGAAGCUUGCCAGGAAUGCAUACCGCUCAUUCGAGCAAUUCGAGGAUGAUGUCUUCUUAAUUUGCAGCAAUGCAAUGCUGUACAACGCACCUGAUACAAUUUACUUCAGACAGGCCCAUUCGAUACAAGAGCUGGCAAGAAAGAAGUUUCAGGAACUGAGAGAUGAGGGCAUACCUACAGAAAACCAAAUAAAGGGCGAACAGAAAGUUAAACCAAAUUCUUGCAACAGAGAACCCAUCAAGAAGCCUGUCUUGAUGUAUUCGGAAGAUGAUCUGGACUUCCUGACACGGAAAGAGCAAAUUAAAAGACCCUAUUCAAAAGAUUCAGUAGUUGAUAUAAGCUUCAAAGAUCAAGUUAAGAAGCCCAUCUCUAGGAAUUCAGAAGACAAUUUAAGUUCCUCUUUCCACAAAGAGCGAGUUAAGAAACCGAUUUUCAGAAAUUCGGAGAAUGAUUUAAGUUCUCCAUUCAACAGAGAGCAAGUUAAGAGACCCAUUUCCAGAAAUCCUGACGAUGCUCGAAACUCUUCGUUCCACCAAGCACAAGUUAGGAGAGCCAUUUCAAGAAAUUCAGAGGAUGAUCAAAGCUCCUCAAUCCAUCAAGUGCAAGUUAGGAAAGCCAUUUCAAGAAGUUCAGAAAAUGGUCAAAGUUCCUCUUUCCACAAACAGCUAGUCAAGAAACCCACUUCCCGGCGUUCAAAAGAUGGCUUGUUAUCCCCAAAAACACACGUUAAGAAGCCAGCGCACACAAAUGGAAAAGAAUCAGAUUGCUCAUUCCACAAAGAGUCAUCCGAGAAUCCCAUUUGCACAAACAGAGAAGAUGCAGGCUUAUCCCCAGAAAAGCAAUUUAGGGAGUCGAGUUGCAGAUAUAGAGAUGGCAUAGGCCACCCCCGUGAAAAAGAGUUGGCUGGGCAACCUAUUUGCAGGGAUGGGCGAGAGGAUCUAGGUUACUCAAGCUGCGAAGAGACUGUUAAGAAGCUAGUUUGCAUGAAUAGCCAAGACGCUUUGUGUCCAAAUGUCUCUCCUGCAACUGUUGCUUCUGCAGGAGAUGGCUCUAAUGGCCUAAGCAUGCCGCAGGCUAAUGGUGCUGAGCCCCCAGAUUGUACUGUAGCCGAUGGGUUUUCCGACAAAGAUACCAGUUCUCCAGCGGAUGAAGUCAGAUCUGAGAAGACUGACGAUACAUCAGCCAGAGAUUAUUCAGCAAAGCCCAGUCACAAGUCAUUUGUGGUAGAUGAGACGAGACGGAAAACUUACCAUGCAUCUGAAGAACAGCCUUCAUCGGAUUCUGACCCAAUUUUUGAUGUCCUCUGUGCAGAGCCAAGAGAGCUCAUAAGUGUUGGACUUCAUGCUGAGCACUCGUAUGCAAGAAGUCUGGCUCGUUUUGCUGGUUCACUUGGUGCCCGAGGCUGGAGGAUUGCUUCUGAGCGCAUUCAGCAGACAUUACCCGCUGAAGUGAAGUUUGGACGUGGUUGGGUUGGAGAAUAUGAGGCACCAUUACCACCAAUUCUUGUCGUGCAGGAUCAAUUAAGAAGUUCGAUUAGCUCUGAUGUGAAUAUGCAAAGGAAUGCUUCACUGCCUAGAGAUAAUGGAAGACUCAGACCAACAGAAAGUACUAAUCCAAAGGAUAUGAGUUUGAGUUUACUUAACCGGAUAACCACUGUCAAUAACGUAGUUGGAGUGUCUGGUUCACUUGAGAGUCCAGAAUUGAAGCCAAGAUUAUUUGGUGUUACUACUGAGCCCCAACACAGGAACAACGAUGCAUUAUCACUGCACGAGAAUCAUAGAGUAUCUAGAAAUGUUGCGAAGACGAAAAGAACUGCUAGUGAACAAGUGAGGAAAGGCAGGUCCUCGUCCAGCACCCGUGCUCCUGAAGUGCAACCACAGAGGUCUGAAUGUUCAAAAGGAGCUUCUCCUAGUGUGCUUGAUGCGCCUGCCAUGAACAAAAUGGUUGGCCAGCCUAGACCCUUUUUCCAACCACCAGAAGAUGUCAGAAUUCAGCACAUGAAACAAAGCAACUUGUCUAAAAGCUCCCGCCCACUUGAAAUGGCACAGCAGAGGCUCGAUUGUCCAAAAGGUGCUUCUUCAGGGGUGCAUGAUAUGCUUUCCCCAAACAAUUGUAAUGGGCAGCCUAAACCCUUCUUCCAGUCACAAGAACCAGCUGCAGCACAGCCCAAAAAUGAAGCUACAUGGGUGUACCAUGGAAGACCUGGUGAUGGGAAGUUUGGAACUUCUGAGCCAAGCAGACCGAUGAGCAACACUGGAUUCAUCACUAAAAAUCAACCAGUAAAUGCUAGCGGCUUUGCCUUGAAUGCGAGCGGGCAGAAGAAUAUCAAUGGCCAUGCAAAAUCUAUGGGAUCAACUGCAAUACCUGGCCAAGUAAAUGCACCGAACCGAGGGUUUGAUGUCCCUCGGAACAUUUUCUCGGCAUUUCCAACAGCUGUUAGGGAGAAUCAGAGCGUCCCGUCUGCUCCAGUAGCUCAAUCUUGGAUCUCAUUUGGUGCUUCAUCAGAGAGCAAACCAACCAUCGUGAGUCCAAAUUUCCACGACAGUAAUUCUGGCUGGAAGAUGCCAUUUGCGAAUGUCCGUCCUUCUGAUGAACCAAAAACAAGUGCUGUUCCUCAAUUCUUUAGACAGCCUGUUCAGGUUGCUAGAGAAAGUCCAGUUCAAAAUAAGGGCUUGGUAAUAUUUCCCCAGUUAGUCCAGACAGAUUUCUCAAGAUCACAGGGCCAGCCACAAUGGCAAGGGCUGGUUCCCCACAUGCAACAGAAGACAAACAAGGAUGUGCUCCGCCCAGACUUGAACAUUGGGUUUCCCUCUCCAGGUUCACCACCAGCACGACAGACUUCUGGAAUCAAUUUGGAAGCGCAACAGCCAGACCUUGCUUUGCAGUUAUAAGCUGAUGGGAGUGGAUAAUGAAAAAGCACACACAUGUGACUACAAGACUGGAUGUCAAGAUUCCGAAACAUGAAGCAUGUAAAUACAUGUGGAGCCUGGCCGCAAGAUUGGGCAAAAGCAGAAAUGGGACAUCCAUUAUGUGGAUAUGUGCAUCCUAAGUGUGUAAGAUAUCAGAAUACGGAUGGAUGAACACUGCUUGGAGUCAAAUCAUAUCGAUCGGGCUAUUUUACUCGGUACUGGAGUCGGUGGAUCCAGCAUUUCCAAAUGCUGCGAUGACUUGUAUGUUGAUAGCACGCCCAUGAUCCAAUAUCUUGAGCGUUCUUCUGACCACACGAUAGCAUUCCUACUGUGGAAAUUUUUGCACCAGAAUUUAGGACAUAUCUUUGGUAGUUAGGGCACGUGGUCAGCCGUAUGUUAAUUCCCACGUCACAUUGUAUGUUUGUUGUAAAUGGUUCAGCAUUGAAUAGAUUGUUAGACUAGAGCAGCCACCUUUAUUUCUCUUUCUCAAUGAAACUGCUUCUUUCUUGUUCUGUGCCAGGAAUUGAGUUCCAUGGUCCAUUCAGUUCAAAUGGCUCGCUGAAUGAAAAAUGUUAAUAACUGGUUCAAGAUUCACUGCACUACAAACUCUGGCAUUUGGUCCAAAUAUAAAUAAACCAAUGAGCAGGGCUAGCUUACAUGUAUUUAAUUUGUUUAGGACAAAGAGAGGUUUGUUGUACCACAGCUAGCUUGGAGCCUUGGAAAAAUUGUAAUGUUUGUGAAUUC